GUCGAGUUUCAGUGUGAGCCUCCCUGCUGCAGUUUCAAGCGAAGACGCCUGCUUUAUGUGUUUCUGGGCUCUGAAAGGCAGCUCCUCUGUUCAGUCCCUCAGCAGAAAGUGCAGACCUAAGAAACAUGAGUCAGGAUCAAAUCCCCAGGAUGAAGAAGAAGUUGAUCAUGGAUGUGGACACUGGGGUGGAUGAUGCUAUGGCCAUCAUGAUGGCCCUCGCAGCCCCUGAUGUGGAGCUCCUGGGGAUCACGUGCUGCCACGGCAACACACCCCUGGAGAACGUGCUCAAGAACACGCUGCGCGUCCUGAAAAUCUGCAACAGGCUGGAUGUGCCCGUGUACCGAGGCUGUGCAGAGCCCCUGGUGGCUCAUAAACGCCACGCUGGAGAUUUCCACGGGAAGGACGGACUGGGUGAUGUCCCGGAUCCAGACGCUCCAGGUCUGCAGCUGCUGCAGAAGGAAAAAGCUGUGGAGGCCAUAAUCAAGAUGGUCAAUGACAACCCAGGAGAGGUGAGUCUUGUUGCCACUGCGCCCCUCACUAACCUGGCCAUGGCGGUGAAGCUGGACCCCUCCCUUCCUGAGAGGCUGAAGGCGCUCUACAUCAUGGGAGGAAACACCGAGUCCAGGGGUAACACCACAGUGUGUGGAGAGUUCAACUUUGUGGCUGACUCUGAAGCUGCCUACGUCGUGUUGGACCGCUACACCUGCCCCACCUACAUCGCCACCUGGGAGUUCAGCUGCAGGAGCAGUCUGCCAUGGUCCUUCGUUGACACUUGGCUGGCCCAAGAUACAGACAAGGCUCGUUUCAUGGAGAGGAUUUCCUGCCACACCAGGAAGAUGGUCCAGACGGAGCGGUAUCAAAAGGAGCUGGUGUCAGGACCUGGGUUUAACUCCUGUGACACCUACGCAGUGGCUGCAGCCAUCAGCGACACUCUGCUGACAGAAAGCGAACAGGUGGCGGUGACGGUGGAGCUGGGGGGGACCUACACCCGAGGCAUGAUGGUGCUGGACUACAUGGAGCUGCUGAAGAAGACACACAAGGCGUUCAUCAUGAAGACGGUCGACCUGGAGAAGUUCAAGCAAAUGUUGAUGGAUGCGUUGAAGUAACAUGGAUUUCUCAGAAUGUGCUUCAGUGUUUUAAAAAGGAAAAAAAAAAGUUUACGGUAUAAAUGAAACGUAUAUAAACUACAUGUGCUGGCUCAAUAACUGACCCUCUUCUUCUUGUAAUUCUUCUAUAUUUACAUUCAUUGUUCAAAGCAUAGAUUGCCUGUAAAGAUGCAUGAAAUGACAGCAAAGUGAGGCCAAAGUAUCUGUAUCGCCCCCUGGUGGCUGGUUCAUAUGAGGGAUAUUUUGGCUUAAAUUACUGCAUUGUGGGAGGAAGUGGAGACACGUCAACCAUCUUUACAUAAAGUCAGUGGUUCGACCUAAACUUUGACUCCAGUAUUAAAUGCAUUAACGCUGCAAGAUCUGCAAGAAAAAGUGUUGCAUGCUGGGGAAUAGUUUAUCAUGGGUUUAUUUAAACAUUUUCCAGCCUGAAGGCAAAAUGAACACUCUUCUCAUGUCUUCCAGCAGUGACUCAUGAGGCGUCCAAUGAUGACUGGAAGCUUUCAAGUUGUAAAAUAAAUGAAAUUAUUAAAUAAUUGAAAUUAA